AUGUCCGACCCUGCCCCAUCAUCUAUCCCUUCUCCUCCUCCAAAUGCAGCUGCCUCUCCUACAUCCCCUCAGGCGACUCCACCUUCAAUUCCGAGCCAUGUGACUGAUCCCCCUGCUUCAUCCAAUAAUCAGGCCGAGCCCCCAUUAGCUCACCCUGCCACCUCACAGAACACUCAGGAAGAUGAAGCUGGCCCCUCAGAACGACCUUCCACUAUCCCGCCUGCAGUACCUCCUCAGGGACCUUCUUCAGCCCCUUCUGGUGCAACCGCCGAGCCUUCCACUACUCCAGGCUCAGCCGCGGGUCCCUCAGGACCCCCUCCGCUCAUUUAUCAGAAUUAUUGCAUUACCCUUCCUUCUGAAGAGCAAUUAUGGUCUCAGACAGAUGUUCCCACCAGCUCCCUAAAGAUAAAAGGUCGUCUGGCCACUAUAUGGGAAGAAAGCCUGCGGCAUAUGGAUUCCUUGCCUUCCCCGACCCAGAUAGACCAAUUUGCAGAGUUAUAUACCAAGGCCUGUGCAGAAUCUCUGAUAAUGAAUUAUUCCUUCCAUGCUACUCAUCAUCAGAAUAAGAUGUUGCGAGACCAUGUUACUGAACUGGAAUUACAACUAAAUGAUCCUACCCAGGCCAGCCAUGCUUCGCGAGCAGAAAUAAAAGCUUUGACCAGCAGGAAGAAUAGUCUAGAAGUGUCCCUAGCCCUCACCAAGCAUGAACUUGAAGAACUCCAGCAAAAGCAAAGUCAGGCUAAUAAUGUACACCAACAGAGUAUGAAUCAGCAGGCUUUAGAGCAUCAAAGAGCUAUGGACCAGUUGGUUCAAAAACUGUGCGCGGCCGAAACUCUGGUGCAAGAUCAGGACCAAAAAUUAAAAUCGCAGGAGGCCCUUUUGAAAUCUCAAAAGAUCCAACUGACUUCCCAAGCAAUAGAAUUGGCCACUGCCAGAAGUAAACUAGCUCAGGCUAGGGCCACCACAGAGGGCGUGUCAACAACUUUGGCACUUUACAAAGAAGGGGAGAACGAUCGCUGCUUGCAAAACCGUGCCAUGUAUCUGCGUUCCCCAGAAUUUUGUGCCUAG